AUGUCGUCAGCAGACCAAGCUCGUGAAAACCUGGUCCUGCUUGGGCGACAUUACAGAGGAGAAACGCCUCUACCUCAGGAGCUCUCCACCGAAAGUGUGAGAUUAGCGAUUGAGUUUCCGCUUCCAAGAGGGCUGCCGACCCAAAGCGGUGAUGCCGAACAAUAUCAUGAAGCCAAAAACACGCUCGCUAGUAUAUGCGAUCCAGACGCUCGGGGUCUCACUGCUCCGAUUGACGGGUAA